AAAAUGAAGGCCCUUCUUCCCUUUUUCAUAUUUUCUGUUUUUAUUCUUUUUUGCACAUCAAAAGCCUCUCUACCGAAGAAUAUCAUUCAAGAGCAUAUUAAAAAACAUGCUGACUUCUCUGUGGAUCCGUGUGUUGAUUUCUAUGCCCAUGUGUGUCCAUGGAAAGUUGAAAGAUAUUUCAUGGAAGAUCUGAGCAAGCUGAAAGCUGGGAUGGUAGCAAAAUAUAGAAAAAAGCAUCCAAAAUUUGAUAAGUUUAAAGGGGAAGAUGCCUUCGCAAUAGCAGAAGCUCUGAAGCAACUUAACAUUGAGCAACUUAAAUCGGAAUGCAAACCCAGCAAACCUCGCCUUUCGUCGUUUUUCAUCAGCGCUCAGGAUAAUAGAACAAUUGAAAAUGUAGAUGAAGUAUUAUUCCCUGGCUUUGAAAAUUAUCCAUGUGAAGAAAAAGCAGCAAUAAUUAUAAAAGAAGUUGGAGAAAUCGAAGAUUAUACAACUACCCGUAGUGUUUUGGUCAGUGCUGUGAAUGGAUUCAUUACAAGUAAAUUGGUUGAAAAAUUGGAUGUAAAAGCUAGAAAGCUAUUCAAUAAGUUCAAAAGCGUGAUUUCAAAGGAAAUAAUAAAAACUCCAUGGGCGAAGAAUUAUAAAGCAAUUGAGCAAUAUGUUGAAGCGCUCAGCAAUAUCACUUUUCGAACUUUUGCUGAUGUUCGGAUCACUGUGAAAAAAAGCAUGGAGCUUUAUGAGAGCACUGAGAAAGAUUGUAGAAAAAAAUUAGACGUUGCAUUCUCUCAACCAACUGCAGAAUUAGUUUGCAAAGGUGUUGCUACAAGAAAAGCGGAGGAACUUCUGGAUGAACCCAUCGAAGACAUUUUCCCACAGGACCAAGCAGGAAUACUGAAAGACGUGUGGCAAAUGUUUAAUUCGUUUGAUAAUAGCGUUUACAUUGGAAAUGAGUUCCUGCUUCUUCUGAAUACGGACUACUUUUCUGAUUUGUACGGGAGCAUCGGGUUUUCAAUGAUCCAUGAAAUCAUGCACACAUUGGUAUUUGACGAUAACGAUCUAGACAAGCCACUUUCAAAACUUUGGACAAAAAAUGCAGAUUGUGUAAAGGAUCAAGCACUCAAAACAUGUGAAACGUUUCCGACUGUAACUGAAAUGCAUAACAUGAAACCAGCGUGUAAUACUACAGUAACAUUCGAAGAAGAUGCUGCUGAUUUAGCUGCGUAUCGAAUUGCGUGGAGAAUUUACGAAAACUCCUAUGCCAGAAAAACGGUUGUUCCGAACUAUGAGGCCCUUGAUAAAAAGCAAUUAUUCUUCUACGGAGCUGCAGUUUUCUUUUGCAAUCAGGAUGGAAUGUCCAGAGUUCCAUUUCAAAACCUUGCACAUUCAAACAACUACCAGAGAGUCAAUUCCUUGAUGUCUCAAAUGAAACAGUUCUCCGAUGCAUUUAAGUGUAAACCAACUGAUAAAAUGAUAACGAACAGAGCCAAACAUUGUGAGUUGUAUGGAUCAGGAUCGCCGAUGACUAGAAAGAAGAAUGCUGGAAAUUAUUAUUAACAUACUCUCUUCAUCGCAUAAAUAUCCAUAAAACUGCUAAUUUAG